CCAAACCCAAACCCGAACCCGGUCCAGUUUCAGAAACCUUUUGUUCAAAGUAGGGUUUAGCGCUCUCUCUCCCUCUCUCGCUCUCUCUCCUAAAUCUUCGAAAAAUUUUGAUUGAAGGACUUGUGUCCAUUCUUGGUAAAGAAUAGAGAAUGGCUUCAACCGGGCCACAACCGUCUCUCAAGAGACGGGAUUCAUUGGUGACUAGGGAAGACGAUCAACUUAUUAUAACCCCUUUAGGGGCGGGUAAUGAAGUAGGUCGGUCUUGCAUGUACAUGUCCUACAAAGGGAAAACUGUCCUGUUUGAUUGUGGAAUUCAUCCAGCUUACUCGGGCAUGGCUGCUUUGCCAUACUUUGAUGAGAUAGAUCCUUCAACAAUUGACGUCCUUCUCAUCACCCACUUUCACUUGGAUCAUGCUGCAUCCCUACCUUAUUUUCUGGAGAAGACCACCUUCAAAGGUCGGGUGUUCAUGACUUAUCCAACAAAGGCAAUCUACAAGUUGCUGUUGACCGAUUAUGUAAAAGUCAGCAAAGUUUCAGUUGAAGAUAUGUUGUAUAAUGAACAGGACAUCAAUCGCUCCAUGGAUAAAAUUGAGGUUAUCGAUUUCCAUCAAACAGUAGAGGUUAAUGGCAUUCGAUUUUGGUGCUAUACUGCUGGCCAUGUUCUUGGUGCUGCUAUGUUUAUGGUUGAUAUUGCUGGUGUUCGAGUUCUCUACACUGGUGACUAUUCACGUGAGGAAGACCGGCAUCUCCGAGCUGCUGAGACCCCACAGUUCUCCCCUGAUAUAUGCAUAAUUGAAUCCACUUAUGGUGUCCAGCAACAUCAACCUCGGAAUGUCCGAGAGAAGCGCUUCACUGAUGUUAUUCAUUCAACCAUAUCUGAAGGCGGUCGUGUCCUUAUUCCAGUUUUUGCCCUUGGCCGUGCUCAAGAACUGCUUUUGAUUCUUGAUGAGUACUGGUCAAACCAUCCUGAGCUCCAAAACAUUCCCAUAUAUUAUGCUUCCCCCCUUGCGAAAAGGUGUUUGUCUGUUUAUGAGACAUACAUACAUUCAAUGAAUGACAGGAUACGCGCCCAACAUGCAGCAAAGUCUAACCCCUUUGUGUUCAAGUACAUAUCACCAAUAAAGAGCAUUGAAAAUUUCAAAGAUGUAGGCCCAUCAGUGGUGAUGGCAAGUCCUGGUGGGCUUCAAAGUGGGUUGUCACGACAACUAUUCGAUAUGUGGUGCUCUGAUAGGAAAAAUGCUUGUGUUCUACCUGGGUAUGUGGUUGAGGGGACACUAGCUAAGACCAUUAUUAAUGAACCCAAGGAGGUAACUCUCAUGAAUGGACUCACUGCUCCUCUCAACAUGCAGGUCCAUUACAUAUCAUUCUCUGCCCAUGCAGACUCUGCUCAGACGAGUGCAUUUUUGGAAGAGCUCUUGCCUAAUAAUAUUAUUCUUGUUCAUGGAGAAGCUAAUGAGAUGGGAAGGCUUAAACAGAAACUCAUAAGCCAGUUUGCUGAUCGUAACAUUAAAGUCUUCAAUCCAAAGAAUUGUCAGUCUAUUGAAAUGUACUUCAACUCUCAGAAAAUGGCAAAGACUAUUGGAAGGCUUGCUGAAAAGACACCAGAAGUGGGGGAAACCGUCAGUGGUUUACUGGUUAAGAAAGGCUUUACAUAUCAGAUAAUGGGUCCCGAUGAUCUCCACAUCUUCUCUCAGCUAUCUACUGCAAACAUUACUCAGAGGAUUACUAUUCCAUUUGGCGGAGCAUUCAGUGUAUUGAAUCACCGGCUUAAGCAGAUAUAUGAGAGUGUAGAGUCUUCAAUGGAUGAGGAGUCUGGGGUCCCAACACUUAGAGUUCAUGAACGGGUAACAGUUAAGCAAGAUUCCGAGAAACACAUCUCACUGCAUUGGACAUCUGAUCCUAUAAGUGACAUGGUUUCAGACUCUGUUGUGGCUUUGGUUUUAAAUAUCAGCCGAGAGAUCCCCAAGGUAGUUGCUGAAUCAGAGGCAAUAAAAGUUGAGGAGGAGAAUGGGAAGAAGGCAGAAAAGGUUAUUUAUGCCCUCCUUGUUUCACUCUUUGGAGAUGUGAAGUCUGGAGAAAAUGGGAAGCUGGUUAUUAGUGUUGAUGGGAAUGUUGCAGAGCUUGAUAAACAGACUGGGGAUGUUGAGAGUGAAAAUGAAGGUCUAAAAGAAAGAGUACGAACAGCUUUCCAGCGAAUUCAAAAUACCGUGAAGCCGAUCCCUCUCCCUGCAGCUUAGCUCCUGCCCUGCACUAGUUCCAUUCCUUUGUUUUCCUGUAAUAUGAGGUUUAACUUUGUAUGCUAGAGAGUAAUACUGAUCGGUAAACACCAACUGUAGUUUUUAGCAACAGGCAAUUAUAUAUAUUAUGUUAUAAAUACCGCUAGUGAUUACUUUAUAACAUGUUUGGUGCUAAUCCUAUUGAGAUUUGUUUCACUUAUUUACUCUGGCUAUUAUUGGAACUCUUGUUUCUAAGGAAAGGAAAUAUUUUGUAAUUAA